AUGCGGCAAUUCAUUAGCCAGGCUCGUACCGCACCCGCGUCCUCCGAGUCUUCUCAGGACGAUGCUGUAGUGCCUGAAAUCCCCGCGCCCCCACGGAACGAUCCCGACUCGCAGCAGUGUGCCGCUAUCCUCUCUUGUAAUGAUAUAUUCACUGGUUAUCAGUCAGAGGAUGGGUACUCCGCCGAUGGCUCUGAUACUGAACUCGAGUCCGACUCCGAGGAGGCCCCCGCAGGAGCUGAUCAGUCUGACUCGGUACCCGCACGUCCCGAGCACCCUGCUACCCCUCCGUCCGCCCCACUAGUGUCAGCAGUUGAUAAUGACUUAUCAUUUCCUUCUCGUCCCGCACCACCUCUCAAACGCCGUCGUCUCGACGUACCCGCUCGUACACAACGCAAGGCAGCCCAAGACGAACAUAAGAAACAACUCAAAGAAGCAUUGGCAGCAAUAGAAAGGCUUAUCCGCUCAAAACGCGAGAACUUCGACACGGGGAACCACGGUCUUCAGGCCUAUCGAGCACGUUGCAUACAAAGCCACUUACAGAUGGUCCUCCACAAUGGGCGAAGUGCCAUGGAGGCAUCUGAGCGUGCGGCCGAGAGUCAGGGCUUUGCAGCACGGUGGGGAGGUCGGAUGGUGCGGAGUUGGGUAAGGGAAUGGACUGCAAAACGCGAGCUCCCUGUAUCCUGGCGUGGAAAGCAUGCAAAGGCGUACAGCCUUCUCGAUGACCCAACGGUCCGUGCGGAACUACGAAGCUACCUCCGCUCGAACAAAUGGGCCAUCAAUCCAGCAAAACUCGCCGAGUACUCGAAGGGUACCAUGGUUCCGGAUGCGGCCUCGCAGUAUAUCCAACACAUCGUCAAGGAAGAGAUGCCUCGAGGCUUAAUGCGCUAUAUGGAGGCAGAGCUCUUUCCCCGUAUCCAUCUCAAAGCAGCAAAGGGGAUUUCAUUGCGAACAGCCCGUCGCUGGCUGCACCUUGAAGCAAAUGAUGGAAAGAAGGGGAGCUGGAUUUUGGACGGCGAGCAGCCACUCAAGAAGAAGGGGGCAGGGCGUGGGAUCCAUCGAAGCGAUGUCAUAUGCUCAACCGUGGGACAUAUGGAGGAAGCUGGGCAGAGUCUCGAGUACGGGAAGAAUUAUGAAGGGUACUGGACGGGUGAGCUGUUUGUGAAACAGGCAAGUGCAAUUAACUCGAUACAAGGUAUCAUAUUUAAUGCCAACCUGCAGCUGAAGGAGAAGAUCAUUCCCGUUUUUGAAGCAAUACACGGACCAGGAUAUCAAGCAUUAUUUCUCAUCGACAAUUCUCAAGGACAUUCCGCAUACGGGGAAGAUGCACUUCUCACAAGCCGCAUGAACAUGCGCCCCAGCGGGAAGCAAGCACGAAUGCAUGACGGCUGGUACAUUUCCGACGGGCGGCGAGUCAAGCAGUCCAUGAUAUUCCCACCCGAUCACCCCGAGUACCCGGACAAACCCAAAGGGAUGAAGCAAAUUCUGCUGAACUUCAUCGAAUUUUUCUGGGGGGCCGUGAAGGGCUACCUUCGCGAACACUGUGAUUACACAUAUCCAGGCCUCCAGAAGAACAUGCCGUUGGCGCUGCGGUCAGUCAGUGUCGAGCUUAUUCGAAAGUGGGAACAUCGGACGGUGCGCUGGCAGGAGGCAUAUCAGAUGGGUCUGAGCGCGAAGGAUGCGCAACUUCGCGUCAAGGAGUUCAGUUCGCGCAAGUACAAGUCUCAUCGUCGUAUUCCCGAGACUGUCGCUCGUAUGUUAGACGCCUAA